GAUAGCGAAACUCGGCCCAUCGCCGCUCCGACGGGCCCCCAUGAUUUAUUCAGCAGUGGAUCGGGGCACGCAAUCGGGCUGUCAGGAGAGCGUCAGCUUAUUAGGCAAGUUCUGCGUGAUUCCAGGAGAGGGUCUAAGCUAUAAAAAUCCCGCGCCCCGGCUCUGAUUAGGACCAAAUCUGAUCCCAAGUUCGCCGGGAGCCGGCUCCGAGGGAGAGCGAGAGGAAGGGACGCCGGGCACCGCCGAGCCCCGCCGCCGCCUGCCCUCCCCUGCCACCGCCGCCGCCGCCGCCCCAGGUUUGGGCCCCGACCAUGAAGAUCCCGCUGCUGGUCUCCACGGGAAUCCUGCUGGUCGCCCUCCUGCCCUGCCAGGAGUGCAGAGCUCUCAGCAAGAGCCCGGCAGCCACCCACGGGGCUCUGCACCAGCCAGAUUUCUUCCAGCAGCAGCAGCAGCAGCAGCAGCAGCAAACUCUGCCCGUCCUGCUCCGCAUGGGAGAAGAGUAUUUCCUGCGCCUGGGCAACCUCAACAAGAGACCCGUUGGCUCUUUCUCCGCCUCUUCCAGCGGCACCAGCCACCUACACCCCGAAGCCGCCUCCGCCAGCAACUUUUUCCGGGCGGCGGUGCCACAGCUGCAGCAGCUGCCCGAGCGCUCGCUGGGAAGCCCCGAGGAGGGCGAAGCCGAGGGUGAGGCCGUGGAGAGGGAGAAGCGGUCCGAGGAGCCCCCCAUUUCUCUGGAUCUGACUUUCCACCUCCUGCGAGAAGUCUUGGAGAUGGCCCGAGCCGAGCAGUUAGCGCAGCAAGCUCACAGCAACAGGAAACUGAUGGAGAUAAUCGGGAAAUGAAACGGCCCCUCCCCGCCUUGCCAAAGAGAUUCCGCAGUUAGCACAAGAAUAAUUAC